CACAUCCAGCUGCAUUGCCUCCUCACAUACAUGCACACGCGAUAUGCGCGUAUGACAAUGACCAAGUAGUCAGACAUGUCAUCAGGGACGGCGACCUUCAUCACCUUCGUGACCGCCUUCACCGACUUUCUCACCGUCGCCAUCCAUACCAUCCUCUACGAACGUGGCAUCUACCCCCGCGCCUCCUUCACCUCCGCCAGGAAGUAUAACUUUGCCGUGCGGCAGAGUCGCCAUCCCAAGCUCUGCGAGUGGAUCAACGAUGCCGUCGACGCUGUCGAGGUCGAACUGCUCAAGGGGACCGCUGAGCGCGUGGCGGUGGUCCUGUACAGCAAGCAGAACAAGCCGUUGGAAAGAGUCGUCUUUGACGUCUCGCACUUUCCUGUCGUGCCCGCGAGCGAGCACAACACCCCUCUGGAGGCCAUAGAAGGACCAGAAACGCCGGUGCUUCCCAUGGUCGAUCUGGAAGAACAACUGCGAGCAACCAUGAGCCGUUUGUCGACUUGUGGAGUCGACAUGAAACAGCUCCCAGCAGAAUGUACCUUCACUGUGGCAGUGGAGCUGAAGCCUGAAGGCCAAGCGCCUCUGGAACAUCCUCAGCUAUGGAUCCCCACCGAAAGAACGGCAACUGCGGAUGGCACAUCAGCAAACCUCGACAAACAUACAAGACCUGUGCGAGCUGUGAGAGCUGGCAGCAUGAUGUUCGAGACCUGGAUCGAGGAACUGGAAGACAAGACCGCAGCAUAUACAAGUCAGAGCACGGUUGACUGAGUAGAACCCUUGGCCAUCUAUUCGCUAUCGAUCUGACCGGGCUUGGCGACUCUUUCGCUCACGCUCUACUGCCAUUACUAUGAAUCGUGAUACCUGUUCCAUCGCAGGGACUCCAUUUGGUUUCCUGCCGCCCGCGACCCUCACAACCACGCUCAAUAUCUCAGGCGAGAUGUCAAGUCAGAUGCACAGCAUGGGGACCAACACUCUCACAGCUUUCCGCCCGGAGUGAGUGCUGAAACUAAUGUCAAACUAACCGAAACAUACAGUAGCUCCUUACAGAUGGCUCUCUGUUCCAACUUCUGAAGCGUUGGCCAUUGCUCAAUUCGGCGCUGGUACCCAGUGCCCACGUCAGCCUCGAACUUUCUGCACUGGUAUUAAAAUUGUAAAUUUAUGGUGUGCAAGGUUGCACCUCCCUCAGUCUGGACUCA